AUGAGAACCGGUGCGAAAAUUUCCAUUGUUGAUACCGUCAGGGAAGAGAAAAAAUGCCGUGAUCGUGUUAACAAAGAAGAGCACUUCAAUCCGAAAGGAGCUGACUUUCUAGAAGACCCACGAAGUAUGAAAGUAGCCCUGACCAGAUGCAGACACGGCCAAUUUCUGUUGGGCCAUCAAGAAUCCCUGGAGAAGGUGCCUCUGGAAGACGGUCCCGGAUUGGGCGCAAAGCCAAAACGCCAUGAUAUCGUCGACGAGCCACUAUUUUCGGGCGUGAACACAGGAAGUAAGCAUUUAAGUUGA